AGCGGCGGCUGAGGCGCUUUCUCUUGCUGUAACCUAAACAAUGACUCCUACUACAGAGCGGAGGAAAGCACGCCAGUAGAAUGCGUUACACGGAGCCCAAACCUUGCUUUUCGCUGCUAUUCCGACCACUCACUUAAACUUACCGACAGUAAACAUGUGGAUACCUACAGAACACGAGAAAUACGGCGUCGUGCUGGCCAGUUUCAGAGGGACCGUCCAGCAUGGCCUCCCGCUGGAAAUUGGAGACACGGUGCAAAUCCUGGAGAAAUGUGAAGGAUGGUACAGAGGAUUCAUCCUGAAGAACCCAAAUGUGAAGGGGAUUUUUCCAUCCAGCUACAUCCACUUAAAGAAUGCCCACGUCAAGAACAAAGGGCAAUUCGAGACAGUCAUCCCUGAUGAAGACUCUGUCAUCACAGAGAUGACAUCAACUCUGCGAGACUGGGGUGCCAUGUGGAAGCAGCUCUAUGUGAAAAAUGAGGGGGAUUUGUUCCACCGGCUUUGGCACGUGAUGAAUGAAAUCUUGGACCUGAGGAGGCAGGUGCUGGUUGGCCACCUCACUCAUGACCGUUUGAGGGACGUCAAGCAGCACAUCACAGCAAGAUUGGACUGGGGCAACGAACAGCUUGGCUUGGACCUGGUCCCGAGGCGAGAGUUUAGUAUGGUGGACCCUGAUGAAAUCAGUGUCACAGAGCUUUACAGACUGAUGGAACACCGACAUCGUAAGAAGGAGACAUCCACCCCUGCUAGCACCCAUCAUCUGUUUGUCCACGUGAAGAGUCUAAUGAGCGCUAAUCUGGGGGAGGAGCUGGAAGUCUUCUUUCACAUUUAUGAUGGACGGGAGAACCGGCCACUCAGUGAAAGGUUCUUUGUAAGGCUGAAUAAGAGCGGGCUGCCCAAGUCACCAGAGAAGACAGAAAGACAAUGCACACUAUUUGUGGAUUUGGGAAGCAGUGAUCUACGAAAAGAUGUCUACAUCGUUGUGCACAUCAUAAGAAUAGGGAGGAUGGGAGCAGGAGAGAAGAAGAACCAGUGCAACGUACAGUACAGGCGUCCGUUUGGCUGUGCUGUUGUCAGCAUUGCCGAUCUACUUACUGCUGACUCUAAGGAUGACCACCUGCUAAAGGUUUAUACGUGUAACACUGAGAGCGAAUGGUCCCAGAUCCAUGAGAACAUCAUCAAAAAGGCCAAUUCUAGGUACAACUUGUCUGGAUCCAACACUGGUCUGGCAGUGGCUCUGCAGCUCCUCCAUGGGGAUAUAGAUCAACUAAGACGGGAAUACAUGGUCCUUUUCACCCGUGGUGUGUCAAUCACCAGGAAACUGGGCUUCUCUGAUGUCAUCAUGCCAGGAGAGAUGAGGAACGACCUUUACAUCACACUGGAGAAAGGAGAGUUUGAGAAGGGGGGGAAGAGCGUGGCGAGGAAUGUAGAGAUCACCGUGUAUGUGCUGGAUAUUGAUGGACAGAUCCUAAAGGGUCAUGUGGCAGCUGGCUCAGGUGAACCAAGUGUGGAUGAGUACCAUUCCUUGGUGUUGUAUCACAACAACAGUCCCCGCUGGGGUGACCAGAUCAAGCUCCCUAUUCCGGUCGACAUGUUUCGGGGGUCGCACGUCCGCUUUGAGUUUCGACAUUGCUCCACUAAAGACAAGGGAGAGAAGAAACUGUUUGGCUACUCCUUUGUUCCUCUGAUGCAAGAGGACGGAAGGACUCUGCCAGAUGGCACCCAUGAGCUCAUUAUCCAUAAGUGCGAGGAGAACACCAGCUUGGCUGACUGUUCACGCUACCUGAAGCAGCCGUUCUCCAAGGCCAACCUGCCGUCUAACAAUCAGACGCUGAAAGGCACCAAGGAAUCUUUCUGGAUCACCAGCUUCCUCUGCUCCACCAAGCUCACGCAGAACGGUGAUAUGCUGGACCUGUUGAAGUGGCGAGCCCACCCUGAGAGGAUCAACGACAGCUUAUCAAAGCUGAAGGAGAUCGAUGGCUCGGAGAUUGUCAAAUUUCUCCAGGACACCUUGGACACCCUCUUCGGGAUUUUGGAUGAAAGCUCCCAGAGAUAUGGACUUAAGGUGUUUGAUUCACUGGUCCAUAUCAUCAACCUUCUCCAGGACAGCAAAUUCCAGCACUUUAAACCAGUCAUGGACACUUACAUCGAAAGCCACUUUGCUGGAGCUUUGUCCUACAGGGACCUGAUCAAAGUGCUGAAGUGGUACGUGGACCGCAUUGUUGAUGCAGAGCAUCAGGAUCACAUACAGCAGGUGCUCAAGGCCAGCGAGUACAUUUUUAAGUACAUCAUCCAGUCCCGUCGGCUCUUUUCGCUCGCUACAGGAGGCCAGAAUGAGGAAGAGUUCAGAGUCUGCAUUCACGAGUUGUUCAUGUCCAUCCGCUUCUUCCUCUCGCAGGAGAACAAAGGCACCACGCCCGUCGCACAGACACAGGCCGUGUUCCUCCGAACAUUUCCGGCAAUUUACGGCGAGCUGUUGAAGAUCUUCACGGUGCGCGAGGUGGCCGGUUUCGUCAGGGAGACUCUGGGCAGCCUGCCUACCACCGUCCAUCCUGACUGCCCUCUGGAGGCCGUCAAACUGCAGUGCAUUGCCAAGACUGUGGAAAGCCAGCUUUACAUUAACCCAGAGUCACGAUGCAUCCUGUUGCCGGUGGUGCUUCGAGUGCUACAGGCCCACAUGCAGGAGCAGAGAGACCUGGUCAUGUGUGCCCAGAUCCUCUCCAGCAUGCUUUCUCUAAUCAAGAAGGAGGAAAAUGGCACUGCGGAGCCUGUGGUGUCUGAGGAAGUGGAGCUAAUUGUGGAAAGCCUGCUGGGAGUUUUACUGAGGACCAUCUUGGAAAUUAGCAACCGGCCCCAGCCUGCUGGAACCUCCAUGAGACUACAGUUCCAGGAUGUCACUGGAGAAUUUGUGGCGUGUUUGUUGGCGCUUCUGCGACAGAUGAGUGACAAGCACUAUCAGAAGCUGCUGCAGGCGUUCAGCAGCAAAGACGACCUGAGGGAUUUCCUCCUUCAUAUCUUUACAGUCUUCAGGAUCCUAAUCAGACCAGAAAUGUUCCCUAAAGACUGGACUGUCAUGAGACUGGUCACGAACAAUGUCAUCAUCACAACUGUCCUCUACCUUUCUGACGCUCUGAGGAAAAACUUCCUCAAUGACAAGUUUGACUACAAGGUGUGGGAUUCGUAUUUCUACCUGUCUGUAAUAUUUAUCAACCAGCCCUGUCUUCAACUUGAAUCCUUCUCUCCCUCCAAGAGAAAGAAAAUACUGGAAAAAUAUGGAGACAUGAGGGUGAUGAUGGGCUGUGAGAUCUUCAGCAUGUGGCAGAAUUUAGGUGAACAUAAGUUGAACUUCAUCCCAGCAAUGAUUGGGCCGUUCCUGGAGGUGACGCUGGUGCCUCAACCUGAUCUGAGAAAUGUCAUGAUCCCCAUUUUCCACGACAUGAUGGACUGGGAGCAAAGACGCAGUGGCAAUUUUAAGCAGGUGGAGGCCAAGUUGAUUGACAAGCUGGACAGCCUGAUGUCUGAAGGCAAAGGCGAUGAGACAUACAGGGAGCUCUUCAACAGCAUAAUUCCUCUGUUUGGUCCGUACCCUAGCCUGCUGAAGAAGAUUGAGAGAGAGACCUGGAGGGAGAGCGGGAUCUCUCUGAUCGCUACUGUCACUCGUUUAAUGGAAAGACUGCUAGACUACAGGGAUUGUAUGAAGUUGGGAGAAGUGGAUGGCAAAAAGAUCGGAUGUACUGUCAGUUUACUGAACUUUUACAAAACAGAGUUGAACAAAGAGGAGAUGUACAUCCGCUACAUUCACAAACUGUAUGAUCUGCAUCUGAAAGCACAAAACUACACAGAGGCGUCCUACACCCUGCUGCUCUAUGACGAGUUAUUGGAAUGGUCAGACAGGCCGCUCAGAGAGUUUCUCAACUACCCUAUGCAGAGCGAGUGGCAAAGGAAAGAAUAUUUGCAUCUCACUAUCAUCCAGAACUUCGACAGGGGGAAGUGUUGGGAGAAUGGCAUCAUCCUUUGCAGAGAGCUUGCUGACCAGUACGAGUCGUACUACGACUACAGGAACUUGAGUAAAAUGAGGAUGAUGGAAGCAUCUCUCUAUGACAAGAUCAUGGAUCAGCAAAGAUUAGAACCUGAAUUCUUCAGAGUCGGAUUCUAUGGGAAGAAGUUUCCUUUCUUCUUACGGAAUAAGGAGUUUGUGUGCCGAGGCCAUGACUACGAGAGGCUGGAGGCGUUCCAGCAGCGGAUGCUCAACGAGUUCCCCCACGCCAUCGCCAUGCAGCACGUAAACCAGCCCGACCAGACCAUAUACCAGGCAGACGCACAGUACCUGCAGAUCUAUGCUGUAACCCCCAUCCCCGACAGUCAGGAUGUGCUACAGAGAGAUGGAGUGCCUGACAACAUCAAAAGCUUCUACAAGUUUAAUCACAUCUGGAGGUUCAGAUAUGACCGGCCCUUUCACAAGGGCACCAAAGACAAGGAGAAUGAGUUUAAGAGUCUGUGGGUGGAGAGGACAACUCUGACUCUGAUCCAGAGUCUUCCAGGCAUCUCCCGCUGGUUUGAAGUUGAAAAGAGAGAACUGGUGGAGGUAAGCCCACUGGAGAAUGCGAUUGAGGUGAUCGAGAACAAGAACUUGCAGUUGCGCACAUUGAUCACCCAGUGUCAGAGCCGGCAGAUGCAGAACAUCAACCCUCUCACCAUGUGCCUCAACGGGGUCAUCGACGCCGCAGUCAACGGGGGACUGGCCCGCUACCAAGAGGCCUUUUUCGUGAAGGACUACAUUAUGAAUCACCCCGAGGACGGAGAGAAGAUCGGGCGGCUGAGAGAGCUCAUGUUCGAGCAGGCACAUAUAUUGGAGUAUGGCCUCGCGGUGCAUGAGAAGUUUGUUCCUCAAGAUAUGAGACCCCUGCACAAGAAGUUAGUGGACCAGUUUCAUCUCAUGAAGUCCAGUCUAGGCAUACAGGAGUUUCCAGCGUAUGUGCGCGCAAGCCCGGUGCACUUCACCAAUGGAAGCCCGCGGACGUGCAGAAACUCCGUGCCCAGCAUCAUUAGCCCAGAUGGCGGCAGAGGAGUUGCCAGGCGGAGUUUCCAACGAAGAACCAGCUACCCUGCGGUGAACCGUUACUCCUCGUCCUCUCUGUCAUCUCAAGCCUCCAAUGAAGUUAGUAACAUCACAGGGCAAUCGGAGAGCUCGGAUGAAGUCUUCAACAUGCAGCCCAGCCCAUCUACCUCGAGUCUCAGCUCCAACCAUUCUGCCUCGCCCAACGUCACCAGCUCAGCCCCAUCCAGUGCCAGAGGAUCCCCUCAGAUGGCAGAGAAACACAAGCAUUCCAGAGAAAAUGCCUGUCUGUCUCCACGAGAGAGACCGGUCAGUGCCAUCUUCCCCAAUCCCCUCGAUCCUGCACAGAGAGCCCCUGCUCAUCAGAUAGGUGAUACCACUUUACCGAGGAGUGACCCCAACCUCUCAGCGCCAGAUAAAGUGAGGCCCGCUCCCAGUAGUUGGAGCCUAGACAGUGUCAAAGAGGGUAUGCCACACUCCUCUGACUCUGGUGGCAGAAUGCUAUGCCCUCCUGUACCUCCUAGGCCACCGUACUCAGGCUCCUCGGCUAAAAACAUGAGGUCACAGUCUCCUGUUCCCACAUCCAGAUCACCGCAAAAGACCACAGUGCCACCUUUCACCCCUUCGCCCACUGAGUGCCAAUCUGCCAGUCUGGUCUCCAACUCCCCAGUCCUGUCCGGCAGCUACAGCAGCGGCAUAUCCUCCCUCAGUCGCUGUAGUGUGUCCGAAGCUUCAGGAACCGAGCUCCCCACAGGUGACCAUCCGUCCCACCAACUGCCUCCACCUACCACCUUGCCAAACUCUGUCUCCAGUAGCUCGGACGAGCCCAUCCGCAGAGAGAACAAGACACCGCCACCCUACAGCGUGUACGAGAGGAACAACCCCCGCAGGCCCGUGCCGCUUCCCCACAGUCUCUCUAUUCCCCCACAGACGGACCCCCCGGCCCUGCCGCCCAAACCUCACCAGCUCCGCACAGGCAGCAUGAAGUUGGAUGGAACCGCCGACCCUCGAGUCCCCAGACCAAGGCCUCUGCCCAGGAAGGUGUCUCAGCUAUAGGUGCUGGUUGCAGAGCACACAAAAGGAGAUGGUGGGAAGAAAAAAAAACUGGCAUAUUUUGCACUUUUCUACAUGGCACUCUUUUUUUUUUUUCUUUUUUUUUUU